GACACUUUCAUUUUCUUGAAAUGGGUAUCAGAUGUGUCUUUUACGUGUUGGUUUUUUUUGUGGUAAUUUUUUAUGGGCUCGGUCGUUUUGAGUCUACGUCUCGAUAUUUAAUGCAAGUUAUUCGACAUUUGGAUGGAAAAAUUACAACUGUCGAACUCGUAGAAUUACAAAAACAAACGGCUAUUAGUUUUAAGCUUAAGAACUUUGUUUGGGAUACGUGUUCGGGACCUGAUGCAUUGGCUCGCAUCAAUGAACUUGAUAUUUCAGAUCCUCUUUCAAUACCUGGAGAUAUCACUAUAACGGUUGAUUUUGUGCUGAAAGAAGAUGUUCAAUCUCCACUAAAAGCCGCUGUAAGGGUACAAAAGAAGAUCGGAUUUAUUUGGAUUGAUAUCCCUUGCAUUGAUAAUAUUGGUUCGUGUGAUUAUGAGGAUCUAUGUGCUCUUAUCCCCUUUAAACCUGUUGGUGAACCAUGUCCAGAGCCAUUUUUAUCAUUGAAAUUGCCUUGUGCCUGCCCUUUUUCACAGGGAAACUACGAUGUAAAAAAUUUUCUAGUCCAUAUUCCUGAUGAACCUAUCCCAGAAAUCCUUCUCGGCGAGUACAGAGUCCGUUUUCAGGCUUCGAUGAACAGUCAAGAAGUUAUUUGCUUUACAUCUGAAUUUGUCAUAGCGUAAAACAUAUACCCGGAACUUGAUAUAUUGCCAUACUCCUUUAGUCUUAAUUUGUGGUUUUAACAAGCUUUUCUUUUAUACUAACUGAUUCGCCAUUUAAAAUUUUUUUUAUGACUUCAAUCCAAUGUUUGAAUUACUGUUACAUAAUAAAGCAGAUACAGACUAUAGGAAAUAGGAGGUAUUCAAUACAAAUGUUAUUUGUCUGCUAUAAGGAAAUUGUAAAGAAGUUCAAAUUUCAAAUUCCUGUUUUUGAAAUAUGUGUUUUUAGAACGUGACACUGUUGCCAGAUAUAAUUUAUGAUUCUGAUCUGCAGUGCCAUCAAAGUGAAAAGCACAAUAUAAAGAUUGUAACUGCUCGAUACAAUUUUGUAGUCUGGAAUUCUAGAACUUAAAAGAAUGAGGGGGAAAAACUCAAUCUAAAAUAUAUGGCUUGUUCCCUGCCUGGCAUUGCCAUAUAUUUCUUGGCCAUGCAUUGGUUAAAGGCGGUUUAAAUUAUGUGGCUUCUCUUAUGGUGUCGUCAUAAUGAAAUGGGAUACCUGUUCUGGGCUCUAUUGUUUCCGCCGUAAAGCUUAUUUACAUUCCGCUCGCAACUUGGGGCUUUAGUCCUUUCUCACAGUGUAGUGCCCAAUUUCCAGUUUGUCCUUAGUCGCAGUCGUCGUUCUACUGCUGGUGGGAAAAACGGAAAUGCAGCAGUCAAGCACCUUACUGAAUUCAGCUUUAAAGGCAAUCUUCUUUAUUCACUUGGUCUUCACGACAUGGGGACUGCAAUCAGAUUGGGCACCGACGUCAUAUUUCUUCUACAACCUUCUCUUUUUGAUGGUUCUCUUAUGGGGAGUACACCAACGAGAAUCUGAGCAACCUAUUGUCAUGGCUUUCUACUUUGACAUUAUUUGUUUUAUCUUGGAUAUCGUGAACGUUGGCGUGUUCUUUCCGUCAAGAUCAGGAUCAACUUCAAGACGAUUCAGUGCUGGAAUGGCUAUUGUGAACAUGCUGCUGCGUCCAUUGACCGCGUUUUUCCUUUACAAAGUUAUGCGCGAAAGGAAUGCUCUGUACGGAGGAUCUGCUUACCAAGAUAGCGGUCUGACAGAAAUUUUCGGCAAUCCAGAUAAUCGUCGUGGACGCUAUCAAGAUAUGGGCCACGUCGCAGCGCCAUCACAAGAACUGCGAGCUGCAGCUGCCGCUUCCGCUGACGAGUUAAACACUUUACAGAAAGUGUGAUUGUCUUGGGAUCCAGAACUAUUCCUUUCAUAUUAUUCUGUAUGAUUUUCUCACGUAACACUUUUUUCCGUAGCUAGUAGCGUUGCGUGCUGUUUCACUCAAUCAUAGUCUCUAGUCAUAGGCAUAACCAUUUUCCUACUCCCAAUCUUCCAGUAUUAACGCUCAUUUCGAGCAAUCCUCUCCUUAUUGUUCUGUGCUCCCUCCAUUCCAAUACUGCAAAAAAAAGGCGAAAAAUUAACUCCAAGUAACCUGAUUACUGUACACUAUUUCUUUAUGAAUGAUUAAGUACAGAUUUUUACAACCUCAA